UCCUCGUAAGGUUCUAUCUACGACAGCGUUUUGCCGCUUUUCGAGGAAUUGGAAGAAUCUAACGAAUACAAGGAAAAUCUUGAACCAUCACUGUGUAUAUUAAUCUUGUCAAAGUGUCCGAAUUCGUCAAAGUUUUUGGAGAUCUUGGACUAUUUUUGAAAACUAUAAUACAAUUCUUGAAGGAUGAAAAAAUUGAAGGUACUGAACAACACGAUGUAGCUUAUCAUGUCUGGCAGUUCAAGUUCGGCAGUGAAUACGACGGGGCUCGCCACUUCCUAGCAGUCACAGUCAUGGAAAAUGUGACAGCGAAUUGUGAAACCGAGCAGCACUCCAAAAGAGGACAAUUUAUACUUGGACCACAAUUUGGACAGCCAAUGCAGCUAACACCGCUAUGGCAAUAUGUGGUCCGCACCAGGCAAUUUCCACCUACUAUCGACCCGGAAUAUACUUUUCAUGAAAUAUCGCAAAGACUACGAGAUCCUGAGUGGGAAGUUCGUCAGCAUGCUCUCCGCGUCCUCGUCGAUGCUCUGCCUGCUGUCGAACAGAACUCUGUCGACAAGUUGAUGGUCCCAGUGUUCCCAGAACUAGUGACAAAUUUAGGCCAUCCAGCACCAGCUGUGAGAAAAGGCGCACUGGAUACUCUCCAAGUUUAUCUUUGCUGCAGCCAAGACACGAUGAAGAUGUUUCAAAAGAUAUUAGACAACGGUUUCAACCGUCCCGAUGCUCUGGAUAAUCUUCAAAGUAACAUCGGCGUGGGGGUGAUCGUCGGCAUUCCUUCACUGCUCUUCUCAUCGGCUGGUAACUUGAAACCCUCAAAAGAAAUGUUGAAGUUCACUAUAAACGCACUGGCUUCACGUAUGGUUCAAGUUACUCACCAGGAAGCUGUGUUGAGAUCUCUGGCGCAAAUACGCGAGAAGAUUGGAACUGGCGAUUUCGAUUCCAACCUGUUGGAUUAUAAUGCAAACUUGAAACGUGACUUUGAAGUUCUUUGCGAAGUCCAUAACGUAAAGAUUUCCAAAGAUAAGAAUGUGGGGUUGAAUGACCAUCAGAAGUAUGAGGAAGUUGAAGAAAUCGUACCACUGAUGGAGAAGUGGGGUAGUGAUAGUGAUACUUGCGGUGCAACAAACGAUGGUCGUAACCAAUACGACGAACACAAUGAUGUCCUUGUUGAAUUAAUUUCACCGGCUCGCGUUGUUGUAGAAACUGAGAUAAAAUUUUACUCGGAAACGGCGAUCUCAAAGACAAUAUUAGAGGAAGAAAAGAAUAAGAAAAACGAGGCGGACACCGAGUCUGAUUCUGUAAGUGAAAGUAAUUUCAGCGAUGAAGACGUGGGAAUAGUUCAAAUCCUAGAAGACAUUAUUCCCGAGAAGCGGAAUAUUCGGAGGCGGGUGCAUUUCGGCGGAGAAGUCGUCAAGCUCCGAACACCGGAUACCGACGAUGAAAUCAUAGGUCGUACACCAGAAGUGCCCAAGACGAGGAUACCUGUUCCGGUGCAUCCAGCUACCAAAAUGCCCUUGGAUCGCCGGCGGUCUCACUCCAGUGACAUUAGUCCUAAUCGCUUUAAACACCCAAGGAGACGGUCGCUUUCGAGCAGUUCAAAAAGAAAAGUCUACACACAUAAUGCACUCCUGAGACCGCAAAAAAGCAUCCUGAUGAAAGCAAACAGCCCGCUCUACGUUGUUCAGCCAGUGGAACCAAGGAAAGAACACAAAUGGGAUUACCACGAUAAGACAUCCUCAGCUGCUGAUGAUAUUCAAAUAAAUCUAAUGCAUUCGGAGCAGAUCAAGGAUGGUGAAGUCCCGAAACAGAGUAUAAGUAUUGUGGAAAAUGGCGGAAAAGUAAUGAGCAAGAACGAAGAGCAGACAUAUCACUCUAACGACAAGAAAAAGGAAACGAAGAAAAUCGUGGAAAGUGUUAGUUGCAGUCAAAAACAAGGCCUGAUUAAUAACAAUUUUGGUGUGAAAAGUCGGGAUGCACGUGGCAUAUUGCAAUCGGGUCAAAUAUCAAUACGAGCAAGUACGCCUCGGAAAUCUUCAAAGUGUCCAUGCCAGCCAUCCAGCCGUAUCAACUUUGACGUAUUUCCGAAGCAGGAGAGAAAUUACAUAUUAAUGGAGCUCUCAAGUUCGGAACGAAAAACUGACGUUGAAAAAAAUGCCUCGACGAACGAGUCGAGUGCUGAUUUCUCGCGAUUUACUCAGGUCGUAACCGACGCGUUAUUUGGCAUGAAUAUUUCAACACCGCGAGCAGAAAUCCUAGCUCUUGAUCAGUUUCUAAAUCAUAGGAUUGAUAGCGCACAGACAGGCACAAAUCAGAGAUCUGCAGGCUUACAUGUGAAUUGGUCAGAGUCACGCAAUAUCACAUCCAGAAGUUCGCAGGAUUUACAUAGUGAAAAAUCAGUAAUACCUUUCGCGGCAAAGAAGAGUUCCGAAAGAAAUUUUGGUCAGUUGCCAAGAGACGUUGACGCAACAUCGACUAGUUCUGCUUGUAACAAAAAAAGUGAAAAUAAUGUCUAUGCCCCAAAUAUUGUACUUCAUAAAAAUCAAAGUUUUCGGGAAUUGGCAGUCGGUGAUGGCUGUGAUAAAUCUACUCUGGAUGAAAGUGAGAGUUUGAAUUGCAGUAGCAGCGAAGGUGACGUCGAGAAACCGGUCUGGAAAAAACUGGGGCUUGUCGAUCCAGUAUCCUUAAAUGAUGUUCAUAACAAGAUUGAAUCGAAAACCAAUCUUCUGCUACGACUGGGGGCAGCAACAAAAAUGAAAUCUCGAAUUCCUGUUUUGCGCUCUCGCUAUCAACGACUGUUGACGACGGAAGCACGUCCAGGAAAUUUGGAUGGCUGGGGAGCUGGCUUUCGCGUGGCAGCCAGAAGUGGGGUUGCAUUACACGAUAUUUCGUGCCAGAAAACACGGUGUUCCGAGUUGACCCAAAGGAGCAACGUUAGCUAUGUUUCCAUGUACCAUCGCCGAAAACCCCUCACCAAGAGAAGCAUUUUUCAAGUUUUGCAACCCAUGCCAGAUGCUGUGAAACAGUGUUCUUGUCCGAAGCUGCGGCAUCAGCCGAGUACGCCAUCGAGGAAACUUCCUACGCACGUCAAUAGGGAUAUGAGAAUUACCAAGCAGCAAUCAAGCGAAGAUGUGUGACAAACGCGCA